GAUGUUCAAGAAUUUAUUACUAAAUUGCCUCGAGAUCCUACUAUGCUUGAUACUUUAGUUGUUCGACGAAUUGGACAAGAUUGUACCACAUUCCAUGACUUUAAAGUCAAACAUUCAAAUGUAUUAGUAUGGUUAAAUUUUCUUAAGGAAAAUAAUCCAUUUUAUGCAAAUAUUAUAAUCGAUCAGAAUAUGUUACAAACUCUUCCUGAAAAUGGUUCUGUAUUUGAAAGACUAAAUGCUAUGCACGAUAGUAAUUCAUCAACUAAAGACACACUUAAUUCAAACAAUAGCGACGAUAUAAAUAAUAUUAUUGAUAUAUUUGAUAACCAUAUUACAGAUACUUUUGUUCCGAAUCUUAUGUCUAAAGAAACUGAAGA